AUGCUGGCCAUCACAUCGUCAACAUCGCCUUUACGGCGCGGCCAUCUGUCCACCCUCGUUUACACCCUCCUCGUCACACUCUCCUUCUUCGCCCAGGUCUCCAUCUCGGCAUCGAGCGCACUUCCACCACCCACACCGCUCACUCGACGAGACGCCUUUACCGACGUCCGGGGCACAGUAGGCGACGCAUCGCUCUCCUCGAUCGGCAAGCGCCCCAAGGGGGCCUACGCGCGUUCGAUCCCCAUCACCCCCACCUCGUCCAUCUUUACCUGGUACUCCAAAUCGCCCGUCGAUGAAUCCACCGCCGAAUCUGCGUUUAUCAUUAUCCACGGCAUCAAUCGAAACGCCAACACCUAUUGGAGCAUCCUUAACAAAGCCUGGGCGCAAGCACGUGAUGCAUCGCUCGGCUCAGCUCGACCUAAAUCGAUCCGUGUUGCCCCACUCUUCUUCAGUACCCGUCAAGAUGAGGGUGCCUACAACCAGACGCAUUUGGCUUGGGGUGAUAGCAACGCCUGGACUGCCGGUGAGGGUAGCACCAACCCUCCGCUCAGCCAUGUUUCGAGCUUUACCGUCUUGGAUGUCCUCUUAGAUAGGUUCAGUGAUGCAGCAGCGUUUCCCAACAUGAAAACCAUUACCUUUGUCGCGCACGGUGGUGGUGCUCAGAUGCUUCAGCGUUACGCCGUGUUCGGCAAAGCCAACCCAGAUCCGGCCAGGUUGAGUGUGAGGUACGUGGUCGGUGAUCCCUCUUCGCAGCUUUACUUUACCCAGGAUCGACCUGUCGGAGUGGACCAGAUAUCCUGUCCGACCUGGAACGACUAUCGCUACGGUCUCGACAGGUACACUGCGCCUUACAACACGCUCUCGGCCGCACACGCCCCUUUCCUCUUCAAGUCGUACGCUGCCAAAGAGGUACGACACGUCGUAGCCCUAGCAGACACCUCGAAAAAGCACGGUGAUCAAACCUGUAUGGCUCACGCCGUGGGCGGACCCAUCCGUCGAAACCGUAAUCUAGCUUACUGGAAAUACAUCCAUCUGUUGGCUGGCACUACAUCAGCCGAUUUACUGGGCAACUUUCCAGGAGCCUUUCCUGCGCUCGAUCCCAACACUCGCACCAACCAAUCCAACAUACCAAGAUCAAGCAGCAUCAUGCUCGACAGCUUCAAAGGUGUCCAGAUCCGACACUCGCUCAGCGUCGUUUCGGGUGCAGGACACAGUGCUAGCAAAGUGUACGGUUCGGCAGAGGGGAGGAAUGCGCUCUUUGCCGACCAGGCUUCGAGCGGAAGCAGAAGCAUACCCGAUUACAGUCAAGAAGUUGUAGGUUAUACUGCGGAUCGAGCAGGAGCCAAGGACUAUAGCAAUGAUGGCGAAGGCGACGAUUGA